AUGGCUGAAUUCACCUCCUUCUCGGGCCGCAAGAGACCACUUGCUGGUGAUGCCGUCCGUAAGGCCGAAUUUCAUGAGAUCCCGACCAUUUCGCUGGCAGCCUCCGAACAGGACAUUAUCGAGCAACUACGAGAUGCGUGCACUCGAGUGGGGUUCUUUUAUAUCAAGGACCAUGGCGUGUCAUCAGAAGUCAUCGAUGGUAUCUUCCGCACGGCAGAGACUUUCUUCAAUCAGCCGCUCGAGACCAAAGCAGAGAUUCAUUACAAGAAGUCGAGGGUGCUGCAUGGAUAUGAGCCCAUCUCGGAGGUCCUGACAGAUGAAUCCAAGCGUGCGGACUUGAAUGAGGCCUUCAAUUGUGGCUACGAACCAGAUCUCGAUCCUGCAGGCCACAACUGCACUUCUCCUGCUGGAGAUGGCCCCAUGGAGGGUCCUAAUGCCUGGCCUUCCAUGCCUGGAUUCAAGGAGAAUGUCGCUGCUUACUAUGGCCAGAUAUUGGAGCUAGCAAGGCGCAUGGUGCGUCUGUUCGCCAAAGUGCUUGGGCUGCCAGAAGGUUACUUUGACGCUGCAGUCAGACGUCCUGGUGCGAUGCUCAGGUUACUGAAGUACCCAGCGCAGGAUCCACAAGAUCCUCUCGCCCUGGGUAUUGGCGCCCAUACAGAUAUCGAGGCAUUUACGAUACUUUGCCAGGGCACGCAGCCCGCCCUGCAGAUCUUAAAUGUCGAUGGACAGUGGAUUCAAGCACCCCCUAUCCCCGGCACGUUUGUCGUCAACAUAGGAGAUAUGCUGGCACGAUGGAGCAACGAUGUCUUCAUCUCGACUGUCCAUCGCGUGCACAAUUGUACCGGACGAGAGCGAUACUCUGUCCCAUUCUUCUUUGGUCCCGCCUACGACACGGUUCUGCACCCAUUGCCGACCUGCGUUUCCGAAGACGGCAAAGGAGGCUAUGAGCCCAUCGUGGCAGGAGACUAUGUGUGGCAGCGUUUGGCACAGAGCAGGCUGAGCAGCGCUGAAAAGGAGAUCCGGGAGCCGACCACCACCACCGCCGCCAAGAUAUCGAGUUAG